AAGCGCCCCUGAUCAUCUUCAGCUUUGGACCCGAGGAACUGCACAAGGAUCUCGAUCUUGAGAGCGGAUUGAGUUUGGAAACAUGGAACGCAAUUGGCCAAUUGGACUGUCUUAGUCUCACAUGGGGAACGCCAGACUCACCCCGCAAUGUCCGCAUAUGAGCGUCACUGACGUCACGUUUCCGGAGCUUUGGUCCUGAAGCUCUAGCUUGUGGUUUGUUUGCGUCGUGAUCGUAUGAGUACGUCAUUCCUUAGGCAUAUUGCAAAAAAAGUUAAGGUAUUUACUCACCCUCAAAAUGCCAUCUUCUGCCUUUUCCUCCCCUCAUUCUCACAUCUUUCCCCUCUUCAACACAACCUGAUUCUCUAUUCUCCCUUUUACAACAACUAAUCCGACACAAUGCUUCCUGCUCGCCCUCUCAUUCGAUCAACUGUGCCUCGUGCCGCACGUGCUUCUCGUGCUUCUCGCCAAGUUCGAUUCCAAUCUACAGCCUCAUCUUCAUCGAGCAGCGCUCAUCUCGCCACCGGUAUCGCUGGUGGCUUUGUCGGCUCAGCCAUCUUCUACGGCAUCUACUCUUACACACCCGCUGGCCGUGCUGCUUCAGGUAUCAACAAAGCUGCCAAGGAGGCCCAGCAAAAAUAUGAGGCCGCCGCAAAGAAGCUCCAGAAGAACACCCCCGAUGCCGAUCAGGCUGUGAACUACAUCAAGGAGUUUGCUUACUCCUACGUUGGUUGGAUCCCAGGUGGUCGCGCCUACGUUGAUGCUGCCUUCCAGGACUGGGAAAAGGUUCGGGAGAACAACAAGGAUGAGGCCGACAAGCUCGUCAACGAUGCCUACAAGCAGUUCCAACAUCUUUCCAAGUCUGGCCUGAGCCUCGAAACUGCUUCCAAGGCCUAUGACGUCCUCGCCGAUCUCGCCAAGAAGGUCGCCAACCUCGCUGGUGAUGCCAUCGGCGACAUCAUCGACAACCACCCCCAGGUCAAGGAGAAGCUUGGCAGCAACGUUGACCAGCUCAAGGAGCUCGGUGACAAGUAUGGCCCCGAGGCUAAAAAGCAGGUCGAUGAGACUUGGAAGCAGGUCAAGGACAUCUUUGCUGGAGGCUUCAGUGCCGCUAGCAUAAGCAAGGCCCGCAAGCUCGUCGAGGAGAAGGUGGAACAGAUCAAGAAGCUCGGCGACCAGGCCUGGAAGAAGGGUCUUGAGGAGGCCAAGCCCUACCUUGACAAGAACCCCAAGGUUAAGGAGCUCAUCGAGAAGAACGCCGAUGCCCUCAAGGAGGGCAACACCGCCGAGCUGUUCAAGCGCGCCAAAUCCGCCGUCGACUCUGGCGACUUAGGCGACCUGGAGAAGUACGUCAAGGAUGCGACCGAGAAGGUCAAGUCCAAGGGCAAUGAGCUCACUGGCGGCUGGGUCGACAUUGAGAAGUACAUCAAGGAGAUCCCUAAUGGUGGCGAGGUCAUGGAGAAGCUGCAGCAGUUGAGCGAGGUUGCGGACAAGCACAAGGAGGAGGGUGAGAAGCUUUUCAAGGAGACCGUUGAGGAACUUCGACAAGUGUUGGAGAAGAAGUCUGAGAAGGCCCAAGAGAUUGCUGGUGAGGCCAAAAAGGACGCCAAGAAGGAGACCAAGUAAACACAGAAUUGUUCUCCAUUCCAUGAUUCCCUAAUAAUUUCCCCUCAAUAAUUGAUCAAAAGUUCAGACAAUCAUGUUAUAAUACUCCUACUACCAACCAACG